ACGCCACUGAACACCUUUGACAUGAAUUAGAACAGAGAUUGCAAUCCGAGCAUUUACGUCAAACAUCAGUCCCUGAUCUCAUAAAUGCUCUUCUGGAUGAAUGGGCAAACAUUCUCACAGACAAACUCGAAAAUCUUGUGGUAAGCCUUCCCAGAAGAGUGGGAGCUUUUGUAGCUGCAGAGGAGGGACCAGCUCCAUUUUGCUUUUCUGGGGGUUGCGAUGUGAUAGAUAGGAGUUUGGGGGGGCGUCACCAACCCCAGUCCUAAAUAUAAGACCCCAUUGCAGCUGACCCAUCAACAGCUGUAGAAAAUAGCGUCAUGUGCCAUGCGACUUGUUUGUGCAACACUGGCCGUCAGCUGGGAGCCCAGACCAGGACUUGCUGACCUGGGUGAGGCACUGUGGGGCCAGCAGAUUACAAGAUGCAUGGCAGAUGGGUUGGGGCACCUGUCGAUUUGUGUUUGUGUAAGAGUCUGUGUGUGACUGUUUGUGUCCGUUACUGCAUAUUCGUUAGCGUAGACUGGUCUGAUUUUGCAGGCACACUUUUGCUGUUGCACGUGGAGGAGUCUGAACAAACGGCAUGCGGUUGGCUCUAUGAGUUCUGCAUGCCGUCUGUGGCCUUCAGAGUAAACAGCCUUAUAUUUAGAAGUGCCAGUAAUCUGCAUCAACUGUUCUGAAGUAGUCUGCCUGGUUCGCUUUGUCAGCUGUGCUGAUCUCAAGGCCAAAUCACAUAUUGUCAGGCAUGACAGAUUUCACCCCAUUGCUGAUAAGAUGAUGUGGUUUUGGAAUAAGUGCUUUCUGAUAAUGGGCCUUGCCUACAGUGCACAAUACAUAUCUAAUUUCUUUUUAAAAACGAGAACUGUAAAACAUGGUUUAUCUCUAAUGUAAGUGCCAUGGAUGUGGAAGUGUUCAAAACAGGCAUCUUCGGAUGGGUGGAGAGUCAGAGAAAGGCCAGGACUCUUCUUAUAAAUGUGUCCUCCCUGGACCUCUGUUUGUCCCACAUGGCCUGACACCUCUGAAGCUGCAGAAAUGGCUCUGCAGGUUUGCUCUGAGCCUGUCCCAGCAGCCAGGAUUUAGAAUCGAGUUACAGCUGCCUGCUGCUCUCGUCUGUGAAUGGCACAGACGUUACAUAAAUGAAGGUUUUGGCAUGGUGGAAGGGGCACAGGGAAAGGAGGGGGUGUGGGACUCUGAGGAUGCCCACCCCCAGAGCGCUGCCAUUGGCCGCCUGUGUAGUUGCGUCAGACGGACCUGUAUUUGAGCCAUGGUGCAGACGGUUCACUGCAGCACUUUGCAGUAGCGAGAGUGGAGCAGAGCACGCAGCCAGCAGACACGGGGCUUCACAACAUGCACCCGGGUGGCCUCUCCCUACCCUCACACCUGCUCGUCCAGACACUGGCACCGCAGAGCGCUCAGUCCGGAUAACUAGACCUCCCAGAGUGGCAGGGUUCAUCACCAUGGCCUGUGAAGUUUUACUGUGCAGCUCGCACAUCAGUCCCAUCAGCAUCCUGCCGGGAUCUGCAGAGAUUUUACAAAGGACUAUCCGUGCUGCGGUACAACAGCACCUCCUGGACCUGAAGAGCUCCAUCGGUCAGGAGAUCAGCAGCUAUGAGGGCCAGGGCUUGUCCAGCCAGCUGUGCCACGGGGAGGAACACCCAGCAGAGCCAGCAACAGAGUCAGCAGAGGGCAGUGGUGAGCUGGUCACAUUGUGUGCUACCCAAGUGACACCAGUGGGGGAGCAUCAGGAUGUGCAGAACCCUCAGUCAGACUGUGCAGCCCUAGAGGAAAGUGUUGGAAUGGACUUGGACACCAGAGCUCUUGUAGAUGCUGAAAACAAUAUCACCACAGGAAGAUGGGACAACUGCCAGGUGUGUGAGAUGAUAGAUGGAGUCAACAUAAACACCUGUACGUUUGGACAGGAGGGGUGUGAUCUGAACGCCAACUCAGAGCUGAGGGAGUGCCCUGGCCAGCCAAGCAGCACUGCCACUGCCCUGGAUCUGCGGGGGAUCUUUAUCGAGAGGGAGUGGGAAGCGCCCUGUCCUUACAUUUUCCCCCACAUUGACUUCUCAUGUAUGCACCUGCAGAAAGAAGGGGAGGAUCCUGUCCCGGCCUUCAUGUCAUGGCAGGAAGACAGUGAGUCUGGGGAGGCACAGUUGUCCCCCCUGGCUGGCCGCAUGGUGCCUCCACCGCUGGGGGAUAAUGCCCUGCAGCUGCAAGCCCGCCACUUUCUCGAUUUCGGCCACAGUCAGCGCUUCCUGCACCAGGACCCGGAUGGAGUCUCACCCGCCAAAGCGCUGCCAUGUGGGAGCCACAGGCCCCGUCGUUCUUCCUUCAGUUCCAAAGAGAGCAUGAAAGGGGAUGCCGUCUCCCACCAGCUCACCAAGAAACUCCAGAACCUCAAGAAGAAGAUCCGGCAGUUUGAGGAGCAGUUUGAGAAAGAUAGGAACUACAAGCCUUCUUACGGAGAUAAGGCAGCUAACCCAAAGGUCUUCAAGUGGAUGACUGACCUCACUAAAACACGGAGACAGCUUAAAGAUGCCAAACAAAAGGUGGAGGCAGAGCUGGCUCCCCAGACACGACCCAGGAGCAACACUCUGCCUAAAAGCUUUGGUUCCACACUGGAGCAGGUGGCACAUGAUGGAGGAUCAGACCGCCGUGUAACCCGUGAGGAGACCCUUGAGCUCAUCCAGCGGCGUGUCCGGGACAAGCGGGAGGAGGACCGCUGGCCCGAGGAUGUCCGGAAAAUGAGUAAGGAGCAGCUGUCCUGUGAGAAAAUGGUGUUGCAGAGAAAUUUGCUGCAUUAUGAAGGACUGCAUGGCCGUCCAGCAACACGCGAGGAACGGCUGAUCGUGAAGCCCCUGUAUGACCGGUACCGUCUGGUCAAGCAGAUGUUAGCCAGAGCCAGCAUCACCCCCUUAACAGCAUCGCCCUCCAGCAAGCGCAGGAGCCAGACACUCCAGCCCAUCAUCGAAGGAGAAACCGCGCACUUUUGUGAUGAGAUCAAAGAGGAGGAGGAGGACGAGGAGGACGAGGAGAUAGGCGGGGAGCUGAGUGAACUAGAAGUUGUCAUUGCCCCGGACCCAGCAGCUGAGCCAGGCUCCCCACAGGUCAGGUCCGAUUCCUUGGUGCGGCCCAAGACAGAAGACAAGCUGGCCCUUGACCUGCGACUGUCUAGUUCCAAUGCCGCGUCCAAGCCUGAGCUCCUGGAGCAGCUGUGGAAAGCCAGAGCGGAGAAAAAGAAGUUGAGGAAGACCAUCCGGGACUUUGAAGAAGACUUCUACCAGCAGAAUGGCAGGAAUGUGCAGAAGGAGGACCGUGCCCCCAUGAUAGAUGAGUACAAGGAGUACAAGAGGGUGAAAGCUAAGCUGCGUCUGCUGGAGGUGCUCAUCAGCAAGCAAGAUUCCUCCAAGUCCAUCUAGGAGGAGGCCUGCUCCCUCACCAGAUCACACCACCCUCCUCACAAAGUUAAGGACAAAGGAGAUGAGGAGGAUGCCAGCUGGCAAGAUCUGACAACCACAGCCUUUGCCUUUUUUUGUUUUUACAUUAGCUAGAUUUUUUCCAUUUCCUCCUCCUCCUCUUUUGUUUUUCAUUUCAAGUUGACAGUUUUUCAUAUAGAGAAACCAUUACUGUCUGAGCAGAGACAGAUGGAUGACUGUUUCACGGCCUGUUACACAUGCACUUGGACAAAGAAAAGAGACUCAUUUACAUGGAAGGGAAAUGGAGCGGGAAUCCCAUCCAGACUCUGAUGGACGCCUUUUACCUAUCUGAAUAUUUCCAUUCACCAGUACUGGCUUCUGUUACGUGGAUGUUUGGUUAUAAAUCAGUGUGUCUCUGUGUUCACACACAUGUGUCACUUUCUGCCACCUCUGAGCUGACAGGACAUCUUUGGUCUGUUUUGGUCACAAUCUUUUGUUAGGUAGGCAGAGGAUAUCUCUCUCUCUCAUUGUCUGAAUCUAUCCAAACACUCGUAUAUUUCAAUGUACUCCAGAGUUAAUACCAGUGAAACCAACAGUGACCAACUAUGGGAGGCCAGGGCUCAGAUGGAGAGGGAGGGGCUCAUAUUUUCAGCAUUUGAACAGGGUUGUGUGCUAUAACAGGCAAAAAAUGUCUCAAAAGGCCAGUUUGUCUCAAGGUUGCAAUCCCAUUCUUCAGCCAAAAAGCUUGUUGGUCAUUGCUCCACUCUUCCUGAGCUCAAGUGCUUGUUUCACAAUCAUCUAUGUAUUGUGUUAAACUUCUGUCUCAAUACAAGACGGGAACAGACCCAUAGGGCUGGAUAUUGGAUGUUGGUAGUGGAAUAUGAAUGGGCUUUUGUUUACUUCUGAACACCAUCCCACUAGGAUCUGUUGCUGGGCUGCUGCACCUCCUGGAAUGAGGGCUUUGCAACCAUUUCCAGUUGGUUCCUUAAGGUUUUUUUCUGUCUGACUUUGAGAAUUGUUGGAAACUAACUGCAUAAUUCAGGACACAGUCACAGAGCAGACAGUCUGAAGGCCACAAGUCUUGGUAAAUCUUCAGACCCUCGAACCCCUGCACCGAUACAGAUGCAGCGGAGGCUGGGCUGUUUUAGGUUCCCAUAUCAACAACCAUCCAGCCGCAUUUGUGGUGGCAGUUUGGCCCAGGAGUGGCGUGUGGGGAGGUGCAGCCUAUGUGUUGUUAGUUGGUUGUUCAUAAAGACUACUACAGGUGUUCUGUAGGAUACAGGUCGGCAUUGCUAAGCUGAGUCCGGCUCACACCUUGAUGUUAGAUUUACUAUAUAUAUAAUAUAUAAAGUCAUUUUCUAAUCCUCUUUUUUUGUUACCUUCACUUGUAGUGAGCACCCCUGUUUAAUGUCAGGCUGUUUUCCAUAAGUUGGGUUUGGUGGCAUCAGCUUGCAGGGCCAGACCUUUUCAUCCCAUUAAGAUGAAGCAAUAAGUGGCAUUGACGACUGUGGAAAGGGGGCCUUGAUUUCCCUCACUGAAGGAGCUGGACAUCACUUUUUUAUCCGCUGGUCUAACCUGUUUGAGUGUAUCUGAACUAAUGCACUUGUCAUAUUAGACACUCAAUGUCGUAUCUUAUUAAUGUGUGGGGUUGCAGGGGUUAUUAUCCAAGAGCGUGAGACCCUUGCAUCCUCUGUCUAAUGCUGCCUGGCUUUCUACUUUGCUAACCUCAUGUCCACUGUGCUGCAGCGAGUGCUAAAUUUGUAUCACACAGGAUGUACAUUUUAAGACCUGGUACCACCCCAAGCAUGUUUGUUUUCACUGCCGGAGGUGUCUGGGAUGCUUUGUGUCAGAUUGCAUGAGUGGACACCCCUGGGGCUGUUUCAUAUCUGAAAUACGUAUCUGUGGAUGUCUGUGUGAAUGCUUGUUCGUUUUCGACAUGCCAACAUUGGUCAAAGUGCAGUCAGUAACAGUAUGUUUAAUGCAGACAAUAAAAUGAAUGUAAUUUA